CCACCAAAUACAUUCAACACGAGACUUUACUCUCUCCAAUUUCUUAUUGUGGCUGCCUGGUUGUCAAAAUUUCUUAGAUUUUUGAAAAUAUCGAAACAGCUUGGAAAUGGCAGCCAAACCUUUGGCAAAGUUUACUCCACCCAUCAUCCACGACAACGAGACGGGAUGGGGACCCACCGGGACACCGGAACAAUUCCAGAACAUGCCGUAUCAACCUUUCGCCAAAAGCGACCGGCUGGGCAAGAUUGCUGACUGGACCGGUGCGACGUAUCCGGAUAGACGAUUCCAAAAUAAGUACACAUCUCAGUUUGGUGUGGGAGCCGGAAACCAAUUCGCCUACUUUCACGAUGAGGACGAAAGUUCCUUCCAACUUGUCGACACGACAAAACUCCAACGCCCGAUGUAUCAACGUUCCCGAUUCCGUCCUAACCAGAGGAAUAUGAGGAUGCGAAAUCAAAAUAGUAGGAUGCAACCGCAAGGUAUGCAACAACUCAAGGCGAACAAGAUGAAGGAUCGGCGCUUCCAAAACCAAAGGGGUCGAGGACGUUAUGAUAAUAAGGGUCAGAUGAAAAAUCGUGAGGCGUCCGUUACCGUGAAAGCCGACUGGAAAAGUGUGGAGGAGAUGGACUUUCCUCGUUUGAGUAAACUUUAUCUGCCGAAUGUUAAAGAGCCGGAAGAUUUAGUAAAAUGCGGGUCAAUGGAGUUCUAUGAUAAGUCGUAUGAUCGAGUCAAUGUGAAGAAUGAGAGACCUUUGCAGCCCGUAGAUCGUAUCUUUCAUACCGUCACGACAUCGGAUGAUCCAAUCAUUAGGAAGUUGUCUAAAACGGUCGGGAACGUGUAUGCAACGGACUCUAUUUUGGCUACGUUGAUGUGUGCCACUCGUUCGAACUACUCGUGGGACAUUGUUGUACAAAAGAUUGGCGAGAAAUUAUUCUUUGACAAGCGUGACAACACAUUUGAUUUGCUAACUGUAAAUGAAACCUCAAACGAGCCUCCAGUCGAUGAUCCCGAAAUGCUGAACACACUAGCGUUGGAGGCAACAUUUGUCUGCAACAACUUUUCUCAGCAGGCAUUAAAAACGGGAGAAGAUCGAUACAAGUUUGAAGACCCAAAUCCGUUCAUCGGAGAAGAAGAAGUAGAAAAGAUGGCUUCCGUCGGGUAUCGGUACCGGAAGUGGGAUUUGGACAAUGGAAUCGUGUUAGUCACGAGGUGUCAACAUGACGCUGUUAUGCAGGCUGUAAAUGGGGAAAUGCAGUAUAUAAAUGUAAAAGCUUUGAAUGAGUGGGAUCCACGGUUCUCUGGUGGAAUUGAAUGGCGUCAAAAAUUGGACUCCCAGCGAGGUGCUGUCUUAGCCAAUGAGCUUCGUAACAAUGCUUGCAAGUUGGCAAAAUGGACCGUGCAAUCGCUCUUGGCUGGAUCUGAUCAGAUGAAAUUUGGAUACGUUUCUCGCGUGAGUGUCAGGGACGAUUCAAAUCACGUAAUUCUUGGAACCCAACAAUUUAAACCGACGGAAUUUGCAACUCAAAUCAGCUUGAACAUGGAUAAUGCAUGGGGUGUGCUUCGCUGUGUAAUUGAUUUAUGCAUGAAGCAACCCGAUGGGAAAUAUUUGAUUCUUCGUGAUCCCAACAAGCCUCUCAUCCAUCUCUUCGACAUCCCCGACAAUACGUUCGAAUCUGAAGAGGAAGAUACCUCCGAUGAGGAUGGAGAUCGCGAAGAAAAUUAAUUUCCUGCCAUCUUUUGGGUCGUUAUUAUAGGGUUUCUAAUUUUAUUUUAAAUUAAAAAUACUUUUCUAUAAGUAGUAGUUUCAGUUUGUUCUGUACAAUAAUGUCCAAAUUUAAUUAUAACAACUCGGAUAUUGUAUUAUUCAAAUAUUUCAUUACAGACAUGAAUAAAAUUAAAAAUUGGAAAAUUA